AUGACCAAGACCUGCAGCACCAUACUCACGAGCAAAAUUCCUUCAAUGAUGAAAGAUCCUGAGAGUUUUACCAUACCAGUUUCGAUUGGAGGACAAAAGAUAGGACUUGCCUUGUGUGAUCUAGGUGCCAGCAUCAACCUCAUGCCGUUAUUAAUUUAUAAUAAGCUGGGCAUUGGAGAAGCAAGACCCACAACAGUAACAUUGCAGCUGACGGAUCGAUCCAGCACGUACCUAGAAGGAAAAAUUGAAGACUUUCUGGUACAAGUCGAUAAAUUUAUUUUCCCUGCUGACUUUAUUAUUUUGGACUAUGAUGCAGAUAAGAAGGUCUCUAUUAUCCUUGGAAGGUCAUUCUUAGCAACUGGGAAAGCAUUGGUAGAUGUCCACAAGGGAGAGUUGACAAUUCGUGUUCAAGAUCAAGAAGUGAAGUUCUCAGUGCAUGAUUCCAUGAAGUUUCCUGCUGAAUCAAAAUAA